GAACUUCCUUCUCCUUCUUAGUUGUUAGAUAUUCAGUAUAAGUGCGUUAUUUCUGAUUUAGACUGUGUAAUUAGCAGUUUAAUAAAGCUGCAUGCUGAAUUAUACGCCGAAAGCGUGGGAUUCAUACCUGUCGCACCGUAAGCGGACGGGAGGCGAGCGCUGGACCGAUAUCAGCGAUGAGUGACAGCGGCUCUGAACGAGGCACUGAGCCCGAGGUGGAUGAACUGGAGACGCUGAGCUGGUACCACGGCGAUCUGUCUCGCCACAAAGCGGAAGCCCUGCUCAUGUCCAACGGCCACAAAGGAAGCUAUCUGCUCCGCAACUGUUACGAAGGUCCCGGCUGCAUCGCCCUGUCAGUGAGGGCCGAUGACUCAGUCAAACACUUUCAAGUAAACCGGAAGGACAAGUGCUACACAUUUGGAUUUCAGGAGUUUUCAUCACUCCGGGAAUUCAUCGAUCAUUUUGCCAACCAGCCCCUUGUAGGAAAUGAAACAGGGUGCCUCAUCGUCAUGGAGUUUCCAUACCCCCGGGAGGUGGAGGAGCCCCGCCUUUACGAGCCCGUGCUGGUGCACACGGCCAUGCACACUGGAAUGACCGCGGAGGACCUGGUGGCCAGUGCACCUUCGCUGGGAACAAAGGAGGGUUAUCUAGUCAAACAAGGUGCAGUUGUUAAGAGCUGGAAAACAAGGUGGUUCACUUUAAAUAGGAACGAAAUGAAGUAUUUUAAAAACAAAUCGUCCGCCGAGCCAAUUCGAACCCUCGAUCUGAGAGCGUGUUCUGCAGUCCAGGCUGAUUUCUCCAGAAAGAGAAUAAACUGCUUUUGCAUGGUAUUUCCUGAAAGGACCUUUUACAUGUGUGCUUUCACUGGCACUGAGGCAGAGGAGUGGAUCGCCAUACUAAGCUGGAAACUAUCGCACAUCCAAAAAAGCCCCUGAGAAAAGGAGAAGUUGGGUCAGGGAGCAGUGGCUGAAUAUAGGCCGAGAACGAGAAUCACCGAGGACGACAGGCGCUGCACCCUAUCCUAGCCGGGGAGUAAGUGUCGCUCUUUGUCAACAGGCCAGAAGAGCGUUCUCCAGGAUUAUUAUUGCCUACCAACACUUUGAGAGCUCUGAAACAGCGCCUCCAAGUUUUCAUUUGAAAAAUGUAAAUUCAAAACUGUUUCUUGAGUUAUUUUUCUUUAAAGGUGUACAGAUUUAGUCUAAUGGAGUUAGAUGGGACACAAGGCAGGGCUCCGCCAGCUUGGAAUGACAGUUCAUCUUAAGUACAUUCAAACACACACCCUAUGAGCGCUUACUGCUUCAGCACAUGUCCAGUAAAACCAGUAUUUGGAGAAUAUUUUAGUACUAUUCUAUGCACUGCUAAAGCAAAUGCCAAUCUGUCAUAGGCGGAGGAGCUGCCCUAUGUGUAACCCGAGAACCCUUAAUUAUUAAUACCAAUUACUGCAAAUAAUUCAUAACAAUAAAUAAUGGAGAGUGUGGGAACUCAUGUAACCAUUUAACAAAAGGUUUGAUGCA